UCUCGAGUCAAAGCUGCGAUACACUCGUAGCGGGCCUAGUCCUUUUUCGGUGUCGUCUGUGUCAUCAGCAACAAUGCUCGCUCAGGCUGCCACCCGCUUCGGCAUGGGUCUUAGCACCCAGGCCAUGUCCGCCAUGGGCAACUCCCUCAGGCACUUCGCCUCUGAGGGCUGCGACCUGAAGGAGGCCGUCCGCGAGCUGAUCCCCGCUCAGCAGGAGCGCCUCAAGGCCAUCAAGAAGAACUUCGGCAACAAGAGCCUGGGCGAGGUGACCGUGGAGCAGGCCAUCGGUGGCAUGCGCGGCAUUCCGGGCAUGCUGUGGGAGACCUCCCUGCUGGACCCCGAGGAGGGCAUCCGCUUCCGCGGCCUGAGCAUCCCCGAGCUGCAGGCUAAGCUGCCCGGCGCCCACCCCGGCGGCGAGCCCAUUCCUGAGGGUCUGCUGUGGCUGCUGCUGACCGGCAAGGUGCCCACCGCCGAGCAGGCCAAGGCCGUCACUGAGGAGCUCCGCGCUCGCUCGCACAUGCCCCCCCAUGUGCUGAGGACCCUGAACGCCCUGCCCGAGGAUGCUCACCCCAUGGCCCAGCUGUCCGUCGGUGUCAUGGCCCUGCAGUCCGGCAGCCACUUCCGCGCUGCCUACACCAACGGUACCCACAAGAGCAAGUACUGGGAGACCGUGUACGAGGACAGCAUGGACCUGAUUGCCCGCCUGCCCCAGCUGGCUGCUAUGAUCUACCGCCGCACCUACAAGGGCGGCGAGCAGAUCGCUCCCCACCCCACCCUGGACUGGGCUGCUAACCUGGCCCACAUGAUGGGCUUCGAGGACCCCGGCUGCCUGGAGAUGAUGCGCAUGUACCAGACCAUCCACGCCGACCACGAGGGCGGCAACGUGUCGGCCCACACCUGCCACCUGGUGGGCAGCGCCCUGGCUGACCCCUACCUGUCCUACGCCGCCGGCAUGAACGGUCUGGCCGGCCCCCUGCACGGCCUGGCCAACCAGGAGGUGCUGCACUGGCUCAAGGAUCUGACCGCCAAGCUGGGCCCCAACCCCGACAAGGAGCAGGUCCGCAAGUACGUGCAGGACACCCUGGCCUCGGGCCGCGUGGUGCCCGGCUACGGCCACGCCGUGCUGCGCAAGACCGACCCCCGCUACAGCUGCCAGCGCGACUUCGCCCAGCGCUACAUGCCCGACUACUCCCUGUUCAAGCUGGUGUCGCACCUGUACGAGGUGGUGCCCGAGGUGCUGGGCAAGACCGGCAAGAUCAAGAACCCCUGGCCCAACGUGGACGCGCACAGCGGUGUGCUGCUGCAGUACUACGGCAUCAAGGAGGAGAACUUCUACACCGUGCUGUUCGGGGUGUCGCGCGCGCUGGGGGUGCUGUCGCAGAACGUGUGGUCGCGCGCCCUGGGCCUGCCCAUCGAGCGCCCCAAGUCGCUCACCAUGGAGGCCAUCGAGAAGAGGUUCGGACCCGAGCCGGGCUGGGGGGAGGACGCCGAUUAAGGAAGGGGGCUGCGUGCGGCGAGAUGAACAGCAGGGGGGGCAACUGUUUAAAAGGUGCAUUAGAUGCUUGUAGGAAUCCACGAGGAAUGUAUUGAGGAUCAGAGAUGCAUGCAGGGGAUGGGGCAAGGGAUUUCAUUCGUGUGUGGGACCCCGCCUGUCCGCCUGCGUUGCGUGGUGAGGUGGUGUCAUUGUUGUACGGCACUUUGUACGGCAGGGUUGCUCGCUGACAGUGGGCUGGCAGGUGUGGUGCGGCCGCAUCGGUUGCCUACCCCGGUACGUACCGGUGUCGUGCCGGGCUGUUGAAUGGUGCACACUGGAUUGGACGUGUACCCUUAAAACCGAAGCAAGCUUACGAAAAUUGUGCAAGGCAGGUCCAGAGGCCAAGUAUUGAAAUGUGUACUAGUGUUGUUUCACGUUUGCAUGGAGGAUUGUGGAACGCCGUUAGGCGUUUUGUUGCGGCCUUAGUACAUGCGUUUUGAAGUGCGAGUAGGGGCCCCCUGUCCCGUUGCCUUAUGUCGUCGUUUGCUCUUAUGUCGUGGGUGGGUGUUGAAUCCUACAAUUCAACACACCCGUGGAGUCUCGGUGUAACCCAGAGUUACAUUUACCACACC